AUGAUCUCCAGCAGGUUUAUAGGAGGAAACGUCCUCCGACAAGCCUCCAGGACAGCCUGCCGCGCACCGGCGCACUCGAUCGCCGCGCCGACCCUCCUCAGGCAGCUUCAGUCACAGCAGCAGCGACGGCUGCUCUCGUCCGAGGUGCGACAGGCCAUCGACAAGGCGGUCGCGUCGGCGCCCGUGGUCCUCUUCAUGAAGGGCACGCCCGAGACGCCGCAGUGCGGCUUCUCGCGGGCCAGCAUCCAGAUCCUCAGCAUGCAGGGCGUCGACCCGGAAAAGUUCGCCGCCUACAACGUCCUCGAGGACCAGAGCCUCAGGGAGGGUAUCAAGGAGUACUCGGAGUGGCCCACCAUCCCGCAGGUCUACAUCGACAAGGAGUUCGUAGGCGGCUGCGACAUCCUCGUCUCCAUGCACCAGAGCGGCGAGCUCGGCAAGUUGCUGGCCGAGAAGGGCGUGCUCGUCAAGGGACAGGAGGGCGAGGCUGAUAACAAGUCGGCGUAA